AUGUUUACAAAGAGACCUGAUAAAUAUACCACUGGGUUAAUCAACAUGAGAAACGAUUGUUUUGCCAAUAGUUCAUUACAGGCCUAUCUGUCAUUGCCUGGACUUACCGAAUAUUUGAAUAAGUUUAUUUUAUCAUUUCACGAUCUUACAACAUUCAUUGAAGACAAUCAAAUUGAUAUUGAUCAAAUUCCUGAUGCACUUCCAGAAUCCAACAACCCUUCAAAUCCAAAGUUCAAGAAAAUGGAGGCCAAAUUUGAGGUUCCCUUGCAUAUCUCACUAGCAAAGAUCUUAAAAAAGUUGCAGGCCACUCAGCUUACCACCAGGACUAUCUCGGUAUGGACUUUUUUGCACGAUCUUGAAAAGAUAUUUGAUGCCAAAAUUUCGAGAAGUCAACAUGACGCCCAUGAGUUGACCCAAUUGAUCAGUGAAACUCUAGAAAACGAGUACUUGAAGGUAACCAAGAAAUUUAAAAAUCUACUCAAUAAUUUAUCAAGCAAACUGCACAAGCAUAUUGGCGUAGUCAAGCUAAUUGAGUUUCCUGAUUUUCCCUUAAAUGGGUUAAUACUAACUCAGAUGAAAUGUUUUAACUGCAAAGGCGUUUCCAAACCCAAAUUUCUGCAGUUCUUAAUGCUUACCUUACACACACCUGAGACUAUUUCAACUGACCUUGAAAGUUUGUUGAAUGAAAACGAAAGCGAAUCUAUUGAUGGCUAUCAGUGCUUGAAAUGCAGGGUGAAGUAUAUUGUCAACAAUGAAAAUUACUCCAAGGCCGAGAACAGGCUGAAUCUAGCUGCUGAAGAAGAAAUCCUUGUCAAAGAAUUAACGAAACUAAAUGACAAUCCUUCAUUUUGUAUUAACGAUGACCUACCUGAGUAUUUGGAAAACUACAUAAAAACUUACAAAAAGAAUAAUGUUGACAUAUCCAAGAUUACUUCCACUGUAUUGAGAAAAAACCAGAUCUUGAAACCCCCCAAGAUCUUUGGAUUGCAUUUAUCAAGAUCAAGUUUUAAUGGUUUUAAUGUUACGAGAAAUAGUUGUAGGGUUUCAUUCAGAGACCAUUUAAACUUGAGUAUUGGAAAAGAAUAUUCUGAGGAUUUGAAGCAUUUCCAAUUAGCAGCUCAAGACAGCUUCUUCAUAAAUGAAGACACGUCCAAAUCUAAGGUUUUAACGACAGAUGUUGACGAUAUGGAAGAUGAAGCGGUACAGAGAGAAGAUGUUGAGGAGUCAGGGGACCAUGAUUCAGAAUCUGAAGAUCACGAGGAUGAAGACGCUAUAGCUGCUGAUCAAACAGAGAGUGAUGUGGAUUCUGUGAUUUCAACACACACAAUUAGUCAGGCAAUAGCAUCUUCCAAGAGUUCUGCUUCCUCAGCUACUGUGAAAACUCCGGAGUCUUUGAACAAUUCGCCCAUUACUACAGACCAAACAGAUGAUUUAAUCAACCAUUUCAAGAAAUUCAAAUUCAAUGAAAAUGACGUUUAUAAAUAUAGAUUAAAGGCAAUGAUUCGUCAUCAAGGGUCCCACACGCAAGGACAUUACGAAUGCUACAAACGUAAACCCUUGUUUGUGAAGGAUAAAGAUGGAAUGAUUAUAAAGUUGUCGCCAGAAAUAUUAGACGAGGCUAUUGAGACCGAAGAGGAGACACACGAACCUCCCGCAAGCACGAAGUUCAGAAGAGCUUCUAUGAUAUCUGCUUCUUCUACUGAAAUUGAUGCUCCAUCUUCUGAAAGUCAAAGGACUUAUUCAUCUUCUUCCGAUAGGGCUGAUAUAAUGGCCUCGUUGAAUGAAGAUAAUAUACCCGAGCCUCCAGGCACUUUCCGCAGAAAAUUCAGCAACAUGAUGGGUAGAAGACCUUCUGUGUUCCAAGCUGAUCCAGAGGAUGUCAGGAUUGAGGAAAUAAUUCCAUCCGGAUUGACAACUCCGGCCGAGAUUAUCGUUCAGGAGAUGGAUUCUGACUACUUCAGCAGUGAAUUAACUGAUCAGGUAAAUGCCAAAUUGAAGACGAAGGAUCAUCAUCAAGACUCAGGAAACGGUGUCAAACUAAAAAAAAUUCCCAGCUUGUUGAAAAAUCCGUAUUGGAGAAUAAGUGAUUCGCUCAUUACCGAAGUUUCUAAGGCAGCGGUCCUCUGUGAAACCACUAGUGUGUACAUGUUAUACUAUGAGAGAGUUGAGAAGUAG